AUGAGUGUCGUGCGUUUCGCCUUUCUGCUCGCGCUGCUGUUGCCACGUGGGGGGGACGCGCUCUUCAGGAUCCCGCUGACUCGCGUGCGUCCGCUCCGUCGCCUCCUUGCCGAGGUGCAGAGUCUGGAGUGGGUCUCCGACCUCGCAGGGCGUGGCACGUGGAAUGGCACCUACGUGGAGUCUCUCAAGAACUACUUCGAUGCUCAGUACUACGGCACGGUUUGGAUUGGGACUCCGCCGCAACCGUUCGGCGUGGUGUUCGACACCGGCUCGUCCAACACGUGGGUGCCCUCGGCGCGAUGCGCGUCCACCAACUACGCCUGCUUGAACCACAGGAGGUACGACGCCUCUCGCUCGAGCAGCUACGCUCCGAACGGCACCCUCUUCCAUCUGCACUACGGCACGGGCAGCCUCAGCGGCUUCCUCAGCAGCGACACUAUCACGGUGGGCGAGCUGAGCGUGCCGGGCCAGGUGUUUGGCGAGGCCGUCCUGGAACCUGGCCUCACCUUCCUCCUGGCCAAGUUCGACGGCAUCGUGGGACUCGGCUACCCCAACCUCGCCGUCACGGGGGCGACGCCGCUCUUCGACUCCAUCAUGCAGCAGAAGCGUUUACCACGCAACGCAUUCUCCUUCUACCUCAACCGGGACCAGGACUCGCAACCGGGCGGGGAACUCUUGCUGGGAGGCAGCGAUCCUCGCUACUACACCGGCGAGUUCCACUACCUGCCCCUCACCGUAAAGCACUACUGGCAGAUCACGAUGGACGGGAUAUCCGUGGUGGGCGGACCGUCUCUGUGCGUCGGUGGGUGUCCGGCCAUCGUCGACACGGGCACCUCCGUCAUCGCGGGGCCUUCUGCCGCCCUGCGGAUCCUGCAGGUGGCCAUCGGGGCCACAGCCUUGCCCUGGGGACAGUAUUCUAUUGACUGCCGGGCGAUUCCCACGCUCCCCGACAUCGUGCUGACACUGGGAGGAAAGCCGUACCACCUGUCUGGGAAGCAAUACGUGAUCGUGGACAAGACGGUGGAGGGCACACUCUGCCUGCUCGGGUUCAUGGUGAUGGACGUUCCCAGCUCCGAAGGACCGCUCUGGAUCCUCGGCGACGUGUUCAUUGGAAAGUUCUACACCGAGUUCGACCGCGAUCACGACCGCGUGGGGUUUGCCCAUGCGGUGUGAAGGAGAGGUCCAUGGCUGGCCGUAGCGCCAGACAAAUGUUUGUAGAAAAUGAGUGGCCGAUUUUAGUUGGGUAUCGGUGUUGUGAAGGUGGCGAUAUGGCAUGCAUCCUGCCCUGAGCUAACCGCUCCGUUCCGACUUCUGCGAUGUUUAAAUAUUUUGAGGGCGGUGUUGGCAGUGGCGCAGGAACACAAUGAACAAAACUCCUCCAAAAAACGCAUUUGUCAACACUGCUUGAUUUUUUUUCUUCCCAUUUUGUGUCUUAUGAUUGACGAAGCUAAGCUGAUGGGUUGGUAGCGAUGAUGGAGUCUGAAGAAGGUGAUUUUGGCGGUGGGUGCGAUUCUGCUUGGUGAUUUUUUUUGUCUUUGAUACUGCAAUGAGGAUGAAAGUGAGGGGUGGUAGAGUAGACCCCUUGGUAGCAGGUGUGCUAAUAUCCACAGCGGUGUGCUUGUGUUAUAAGUGCUCCAUGUCUCCCUUGUUGAGGAUAAUGGUUGUGAAUUAAGGCUUAUUGGCUUGUUGCCUUCCAUCUUACCUAUAACCAAGAUGUCCUCGGCAUUCAAAGCCUUAAUACGUGUGUAAAUGUGUGUUUAUAUAUGUUAUUUAAAGUAACGUGAUUUUGUUUCAUCUGCCAGCACAUCGUGUAAAUUAUGCACAGUAAGGUUAAUGUCGUGGUUAUGUUUUGGA